AUGCUAACAAUGGUGAUUCAAGAGAGCCUGCGGCUUUAUGGACCGGGAGUCAUAAUGGCAAGGGAAGCUCUUACAAACAUGAAGUUGGGGGACUUAGAUGUGCCAGAAGGCAUCCACAUAUGGACAUUCAUUCCAGCACUACACCGUGACCCCGAAAAUUGGGGUUCAGAUGCUGAUGAGUUUAAGCCAGAGAGGUUUGAAAAUGGGGUAUCCGAAUCGUGCAAGUAUCCCCAAGCAUACAUGCCAUUUGGUUAUGGGAGCCGAUUGUGCAUGGGCCAGACAUUUGCCAUGCUGCAGCUGAAAAUAGUGCUCUCCCUCAUUCUGUCCAAGUUCUCAUUUUCCCUUUCUCCAAAUUAUCAACAUUGCCCUGUUUACAAAAUUUUGCUGCUGCCUCAACAUGGAAUCAAACUCCUUGUUAGGCGUGUGCAAUGA